AUGACGCCAGUAAAACAUCUGUUGUCCUCUAGUAAUAAACUGGCAAAUGUUCCAGAAUUAAGUUACAGAAAAGGAGUACUUAAUUCACCAUUGUCACCUAAACCAAAGGAAAAACAAAGUUCAAAAUUAAUACGUGAUAAACUUGCAAUGGUUUUAAGAUCUCCACCAACGGGAGAAUCCAUUGUGAGGUAUGCUUUGCCCAUUCCAUCAAGUAAGACAAAGGAGUUAAUAGCAGAAAAUGAAUUGCUCAGGAAAAUUACCAAGCAUCUGAAGAUGGGUAAGUCACUUGUUGUUUCUACUUUGGAAGAAACCUAUGGAAUUAGCAAUGAAAAUGUAGCAAAACCAUUUGUGAAGACCAAACAUGAAGAAUUAUCUUUAUCUGUUGGGGAUGAUCUGAAUUCAUUCAUGGCAUGUUCACAGUUUGCAGCUCAGCUAGAAGAAACAGUUAAAGAGGAACAUCAUAUUUUGGAAUCUCUUUUUAAGUGGUUUCAACGGCAGGUUAAUCAGUUGGAAGAGGUAAGUAAAGAUCAAAGUCUUUCAGAAGCAGAGUUGCCAGACCUUGAUAAAGCAGCCACUCUAAGUGUCACACAAGCAACGAAGUGUGUGCAAAACCUUGAAGAGCUGAAAGGUCACCUUAAAGAUGGAUUUGAAAGCUCUGCUAAAGUCAUGUUAUAUAAGCCCGAGAAUAGUGAAAAUCUACCAGAAACAGUACAAGGUGACGAAAAUGUGCUGCAGAAAAUUGAAGAAGGUACUUACUCAGUACCUAAUCGAUUGAAUGCCAUGUUGAAAAUUUUUGAAAAACAGUCAAAUAUGUUAGACAGAGCUAAGAAUGAUCAAAUUCUGCUAGAAACUAAAUACAAAAGGAUGGAGAAUGAUUUCCAGAUUUUAUCAGAAGAGAAAUCAGUGCUGGAAAAUGAACUCCAAACCUUGAAAAAUAAAGAGAAAAUAGCUUGUGCUCUGGAAACUGAGAACAAAGUCCUUCACGAACAACUGAAACAAGCUUUACAGGAAACUGAAAAAGCUAAGCAUCAACUAAAGUAUUUCCUAAAUCAAAGGGAGUUACUUAAAAGUGAUGGGAAGACCAAGACCAUCAAGGAGACCAUCAUGGAAAAGAGAAUAAGUAAAACAGAAGUAAGUGUAGACUCAGAAUCCAUACCAUUGGAGGAAGAAACAAGAAAAGCACAAGUUGCAGAUUCAAGUGGACAAGGGACAAAUGAUAAAGUUCAAGAACAUUCAGAGGUAAGGAAAUACUCAAAGAUGAUAAUAUGUGCUGUUAGAAUUUAA